GGAUUUUCUAAGGGGGGGAAAUAUUCAGUAACAAGGUACACUUGACGUGAUAAACUUCCUUCGAUUUUACGGUCACCAUGGCACAGGAGGCUCCAAGGAAGCAAAAGGUAGUCAUCGUAGGUGCCGGACCGGUCGGAUCUUUAGCAGCCCUAUACGCUGCCGCCAGAGGCGAUGAGGUCGAACUAUAUGAGUUGCGUGGAGACCUCCGCGAUCCUACCACGAUCCCAUUAAAUUUCACCAAGUCAAUCAAUCUCGCUCUCUCCGAACGGGGGAUCUCAUCCCUGAAAGGGUCAAAUCGCCAUUGCAUGAUCGAAAAUAUCCUGAAAGAUGCCAUUCCGAUGCAUGGUCGUAUGAUCCACGGGAGAGACGAUGGAAAGCUCUGGGAAGCCGCACAAGCAUACGACGUGCAUGGCCAGGCCAUCAACUCAGUAGACAGAGGCACGUUGAACAAUGCGUUCCUUGAUGAGCUGGAGCGGACACCGAACGUCAAACUAUUCUUCAAUCACAAACUGACUGGUGCGGAUUUUCAUUCAAACAGAGCAUGGUUUGAGCGGCGAGCUCCAGGGGAUACACCCCUUCCCGGCUCCUCCAACCGUGUCCCUGAGAUUGAAGUAAGCUUUGACUACUUGAUCGGUGCAGACGGUGCCCAUUCCGCCUCGAGGUACCAUAUGAUGAAAUAUUCUCGAGUAGACUACCAACAGGAGUACAUUGAUACGUUGUGGUGCGAAUUUCGAAUUCCACCAUCGGACAGUGGGGGCUUUCGUAUCUCCCCAAACCAUCUGCAUAUUUGGCCUGGGAAGGAGUUCAUGUUCAUCGCCCUCCCGUCCCCGGACAAAUCUUUUACGUGUACUCUGUUUGCCCCUGCAGCCCACUAUGUACAGCUAGAGAGUUCGUCACAGAAACUGGUCGAAUCCUUUGAUACUAACUUUCCCGGUGUAUGCCCGGAUCUAAUUACCCCGGAAGCUCUGCAGGAGCAAUUCAAAGAGAACCCUCACCUCCCCUUGAUCAGCAUCAAAAGCAGACCCCACCAUUAUGACUCCAAUGUCGUUAUUGUCGGAGAUGCCGCCCACGCCAUCCUUCCCUUCUAUGGACAAGGCCUCAACGCAGGGCUUGAAGAUGUUCGUGUCCUCUUCGAGUUCUUGGACAAGCACAGCGCAUAUGAUUUGAACGCAAGCCUCGAAGCUCGUCGAGAAUCUCGCCGAACAGCUUUCCAGGCAUACACUGAUCAACGUACGGCUGAUGCGCACGCCAUCAACGACUUAUCCAAGCAAAAUUAUCUAGAGAUGCGCUGGGGAGUGAAGACCCCACUAUACAAAAUCCGCAAGUCAAUCGAGGAAAUGUUGGAUCUCCAUGUGCCUAGCUUGGGCUGGAAGACACAGUAUGCUCGGGUCAGCUUCAGUACUCAGCGGUACUCCGACGUCGUCAAGGUGGCCCGCAGACAAGGCAGGAUACUCGGCUAUGGACUCGCCUCUGCAUUCAUAUCAAGUAUAGCGGUCGCUGGAGUACUGGUGUGGAAGACACCCAGCCGGUUUUCACCCCUGCCUAUACUACAGAUGACAAUUGGGCUUUUGAGUGAAACUUGGACACAGAUUUUGCCUAAAAGAUCUUAAUGAUGCAUAGAUCCUUGUUGAUCGAUAUUCGUGGCCUGUUAUGUGAACUCGUGCCCCCCCUCCUUUUCUCCCCUUUUAUUUUUCACUUCGCGAGUAAACGCAUGUCUUGUUUAUAGAGACAGAGAUAAACCAUGGAUAUAGUUGAACCUAG